CUCCUCACCUGAGAGAGAUGGACAGAAGCUUGAUGAAACUCUGAGGAAAACAACUGGAGGAAAUACUUGGAAGGAAAGGAGGAAGCAGGAGAACAUUUGAGCCGUAGCAUUUUAACUCCUUUUGUGUUUCCCGGGACAAAGAGACAGCUGCAAUCACUGCGUGAAUGGGACUGAAUUUUUAACACAUUUUUCAGAGUUUAAGAAAAGAAAUCGGUCCAAGCUGACUUUUUUUGCGGUGGGAGGGGGAGUUUUAUUACACUUAAGAAAUAAAGAGCUGGAGCAGAGGAGAGGAGAGCAGGGGAGAGGGAAGCGAGAGGGUGAGGGAGGGGGAGGGCGAGCGACGAAGAGAGAGAGUGCGUGUGUUAGCCCGUGACACCGAGAUGUUCAUGAUCAUUCGAGAGCCGGCAGCCGGGGGAGGCGCUGGAGCGAUGAGCGUGCCACAGGAGAGGAGCGCGAAACAGGUGCAGGCUGCCAUCAAGAAGAAGGUGGAGAAGCAAAAGAAGCGAACCAACGACCAGGGCGGGGGUGUCGGAGACGCUCAAGCUGCCGCUCGCAAUCAAAAAUCCAAAUUACCCCCGAUGACGGCAGCAGAGGCGGGUGAGGACAGCGAAACGCUGGAGGAACAGCUGGAGGAGUUGAUGGAGGGACCGCGGAGGAGAGAGAAGGAGAAAGAGAAGGAGGAGGAGCCCGUCGACCUGCUGCCCAUAGUGGACUCGGUGUUUGGACAGGACAGAGAGCUGCGGCCGGAGGAGCUCGAAGAGCUCCGUGAGGCAUUUGUGGAGUUUGAUAAGAACAAAGAUGGCUACAUCAGUCACAAAGACCUGGGCGAGUGUAUGAGGACUAUGGGAUACAUGCCUACAGAGAUGGAGCUCAUUGAACUGAGCCAGCAGAUCUGUGGAGGUAAAGUGGACUUUGAGGACUUUGUAGAGCUGAUGGGACCCAAGAUGCUGGCAGAGACAGCAGACAUGAUCGGAGUCAAAGAAUUGCGAGAUGCAUUCAAAGAGUUUGACUCUAAUGGUGACGGCCAGAUCAGUUUAACGGAGCUGCGUGAGGCCAUGAAGAAGCUGAUGGGAGAACAAGUGACUAACCGAGAGAUCAACGAGAUCCUCAAAGACGCUGACCUGAACGGAGAUGGCCUGGUGGACUUUGAAGAGUUUGUGCGAAUGAUGUCCCGCUGACCAGUCCACGUGUCAGACAGACAUUAUGCAACUGCUGGCUAAGCAUCACACUACUCUGCAGUGGACAUCCUUCAUUUGCUCUUAAGAGCAUGCAUCUCAAAUUAUAUUUUUGUAUUAAAAAGUAAUGAAAAGAAAAAAAUGUUGUAGCUAACAAAGACUGCACAUGUACGAAUUUAAAGGUGUGAUAUGUACAGUAGAUAAACAUGUAAAACAUAUCAGCAGCUUCACAUUUACGAUUUUCAGUUUUUUAGAUGUAUUUUUAUAUGAGUGUUUGUUCUUCGAGUGUAAAAGCUUGUUUGUAAAAUCAUAGACAUGUUUUUAAUUAAUAAAACAUAUAUAA